UCCGCGCAUAAUUUCCUAGGACUUUUUGGCAGCGAAUUCCUAUGACAAUGAAACGAAAACAUGCGAUGUUAUACGUGUGCUUUGUGCUUUAAUAUACAGUCUGGUGAAAGGAAAGUGGUACGGCAGUACAGAGGCGCAGGCGCACGAUCCACAUGGCUGGCGAUGUGGACGGUUCUUUCAACCUGGCGUGAUUUUCGUGAGAGAACCAAAUUCAAGUUGGUGAAGAUCAUGAUUUAGGCUGGCACGGUAUUGGGGUCGUUUGCUGGAUUUCCUUGAUUUGAUCGCUACUUAACAGGCGUGUGCUCAAAGGAUACACACAGGGUUUUGCAAGCAAAAAGGGGAAUUCAUUGUCACUUUUUCCUAUCGUGUAAAAAAAGUCUUUACACGAUAGCAAUAGAGGUUGGGGUACACUUGAUACGGAUUUCUUGCAGUGAAUUCUAAUGUCAGGUUGGGUUAAUUCCCACAUGAAAGAUGAAACGGAUGGUGGGAGGGAAGAUUGCUGCGGACGAAAGCACGCGACAAUGUACAUGUGCUCCGUGUUUUAUUUAGUACAGUCUGAUGAAAGCAAAGUGCGUACACUACAUCCAGAUCAACAUGGCAGGCGAUGUCGACGCUUCAUUCGCCGCCCCGACGAGCCACCCAUGGCAGCAUCGAUCAGCCACCUUCCAAGCAGCCGCACCCGCACCCCACCCACCGGCGACUGCACCAAGUUGGUCCACCAACCUCCCACCCAGCACCAACGACGGACGGAGAGAUGAUCAUUGAUUAGCGCAACGCAACAAGCUAGCUAGAUCGUGUCCGAUGGGCUCUGCCGCCGGCGCCGAUGCGCCGGUGCACCUUCACGGCGACCUGGAGGUGUGGAUCGCGGAGGCCAGGCGGCUCCCCAACAUGGACAUCACGUCGGAGCGCAUGCGGAGUUGCUUCACCGCCUGCGUUAGCGGCGAGGGCGGGUCCAGGAGCGGCGGCAGCGCCGGCAGCCGGAGCAAGAAGAAGAAGAAGAAGAAGCGGCUCAUCACCAGCGCCAGCUACGCCUACGUGUCCGUGUGCCUGGCGGGCGCCACGGUGGCGCAGACCCGGGUGAUCCCCAACUCCGGCGCGCCCCGGUGGGACGAGCGCUUCCGCGUCGAGGUCGCCCACGCCGCCGCCACCCUCGACCUCCACGUCAAGGACAACCACGUCUUCGGCGCGCGCCUCAUCGGCGUCGCCUCCGUCCCCGCCCGCCGCCUCGCCGCCGGAGCUCUAGUCCACGGCUGGUUCCCCGUCGUCCACGCCCACGGUCACCACCACCACCACCACGGCAGCAGCCCGGCCGCCGAGCUGCGCUUCUGCCUGCGCUACACCCCGGUGGCCCAGCAGCACGGCGGCAGCAGCCCGCUGUGCGCCGCCGUGCCUAACGCCUACUUCCCGCUCCGCCGGGGCGGCCGCGUCACGCUCUACCAGGACGCCCACGUCGCCGACGGGCAGCUCCCUGGGAUUGAGCUUGAUGGCGGCGGGACGUAUGAGCACGGCCGGUGCUGGGAGGACAUCUCCCGCGCCAUCGUCGACGCGCACCACCUCGUCUACGUCGUCGGCUGGUCCAUCCACCACCCCAUCCGCCUCGUCAGGGAGCCCGCCGCCGGCACCGGCACCACCAUGAAGACGCUCGGGGAGCUCCUCAAAGGCAAGGUCCACGAGGGCGUCCGCGUGGUCAUGCUCAUCUGGGACGACAAGACGUCCCACGACAGGUUCCUCCUCAAAACGGACGGCGUGAUGCACACCCACGACGAGCAGACCAGAAAGUUCUUCAGGCACUCGGGCGUCCACUGCGUGUUGGUUCCUCGCUACGGCAGCAACAAGCUCAGCAUCUUCAAGCAGCACGUUGUGGGGACUCUGUUUACGCACCAUCAGAAAUGCGUGAUUGUCGAUUCGCAGGCCGCGGGAAACAACCGCAAGAUCACCGCAUUUCUCGGCGGUCUGGACCUGUGUGAUGGCAGAUAUGAUACGCCUGAGCAUAGGCUUUUCAAAGACCUUGACACUGUUUUUCAUCAGGAUUUUCAUAAUCCUACCUUCCCUGUUAAUUCUUAUGGACCAAGGCAGCCAUGGCAUGAUUUGCACUGCAAAAUCGAGGGUCCUGCCGCCUAUGACAUACUGACAAACUUCGAACAACGAUGGCGGAAAGCCACGAAAUGGAGGGUCAACCUUAAAAAGGUUGUCAUUUGGCAUUACGACACAUUGAUCAAGAUUAAACGGAUGCCCUGGAUUGUUUCACCUUCUACCGAUGAGGCGGAUGCGCGUGUUUGUCACGAACAGGACACGGAAAACUGGCAUGUACAGGUUUUCAGGUCAAUUGACUCAGGAUCUGUCAAGGGGUUUCCUAAACUUGUCCAAGAGGCACAGUCACAGAAUCUAGUUUGUGCCAAGAAUCUAAAAAUUGACAGGAGCAUACACAGUGCAUACGUGAAAGCCAUCAGGUCUGCACAACACUUCAUAUACAUCGAGAACCAGUACUUCAUUGGGUCUUCAUUCUGCUGGCAUUCACACAAAAAUACAGGUGCAGACAAUUUAAUACCCGUCGAGCUGGCCUUGAAGAUUGCGAGCAAGAUCAAAGCGAAGCAGCGAUUUGCGGUCUACAUUGUUAUCCCAAUGUGGCCUGAAGGCAUCCCAACCACAGCAGCAGUGCAGCAAAUCCUCUUUUGGCAGGUUUGCUCCCAACCAAAGUCUAUAGGGGCAAACCAUGUCUAUGAUGUACAAGAUCAUAGCGGACGCUCUCGAGAGCCAGGGUCUCCUCGACUCCCAUCCUCAAGACUAUCUGAACUUCUACUGCCUUGGGAGGCGCGAGCUCGCCGCCUCUCCGGAGGAGAGCUUAUGCAACGACAACUCUGCUCUGGGCAUGGCGCAGAAGCACCGGAGGUUCAUGAUCUACGUGCACUCCAAAGGGAUGGUGGUGGACGACGAGUACGUGGUGAUCGGGUCGGCCAACAUCAACCAGAGGUCCAUGGAAGGGUCCAGGGACACGGAGAUCGCCAUGGGCGCGUACCAGCCGCACCACACCUCGGCCGGAGACCACGGCGCUCCUCCUCGCGGACAGGUGUACGGGUACAGGAUGUCGCUGUGGGCGGAGCACCUGGGCGGCAGGGCGGAGGAGUGGUUCCGGCGGCCGGAGUCGGAGGAGUGCGUGCGGCGGGUGAACGCGGCGGCGGAGGAGAACUGGCGGGCGUACGUGUCGCCGGACGAGACGACGAGGGGGCACCUGAUGCGGUACCCCGUGAAGGUGGACAGGGACGGCGGCGUUGGGCCGCUGCCGGGCCACGAGUGCUUCCCGGACGUCGGCGGCAAGGUCCUCGGCGGGCAGUCAUCGCUGCCCGAUGCUCUCACCACGUAAUUAAGCUAACCGAUUGUCAGGAUCCAAAGAACACUAACGAGACAGCACUCACUCAAAAGAAAAAAAGAAAAGAAAAACUGUAAUAACAUAGUACUCCCUCCGUUUCAAAUUACUCGUCGCAAAAAUGGAUGUAUCUAGAACUAGAAUACAUCUAGAUACAUCCAUAUCUACGACAAGUAAUUCGAAACGGAGGGAGUAGAUGGCUAUUUUUUGGGGUGAAAUUUUGUGGUUUGCUUAUUUUUGUUACUACUACAUGAUGCCCGCCGCGUACUUGCGUUGCUAGGGGAUUGGUUGCAAUAUGUUUUGAUGAGAUUUAAUUGUUUGAAACAUGAGUAUUUGGAUAAAUAAAUAUUUGGAUGAGUAACACGAGAACUAAAAGAAAUAUUUUGAGUACA